CGUUGGUGUUGGAGCUCAUUUUCCAAUUUGCCUCAUGCAGCUCACGACUGUGCUCUUGUGCCUUGCCUCGGCGUCGGCCGCCAUCUUUCGCCAGCUCCCGGAUGGCCGCGAGCGCACGCAAGAGGAGCUCCGAGCCGUCGCCGACGACGCCGACGUGAACCGCAAGUGCCACCUCCAAAACGCCAACUACAUUCCGUCGCUCACGCAAGGCAAGUACGUCGAGUCCGCGUUCCACAACUGCUUUCGCACGGCGGCCCAGAUCGACGAGCUUUUCAACACGUUUGUGGCGCAGAACCCAAGUAACGUCUUCAAGGAGCCGAUCGCCAACACGACGCGCGGCCAAACGGUCUACGCCUACACGCUGCGCAACGGACCACCCAAGAAGCAAGCGAUUUACGUGCAGAGUCUCAUCCACGCUCGCGAGUGGGUCGCUGGUUCGUCCAACUUUUACACGGCCUCCAAGCUCCUCGACGACAUUUACAACAAGAUUCCCAGUGUCACGGACGACUAUGACGUGAUUGUGGUCCCGAUUUUUAACCGCGACGGGUACGACCUCACGUGGUCGGGCACUCGCUACCAGCGCAAGAAUGCUAACGGCGUCGACCUCAACCGCAACUACCCGGGUCCGUUUGACAACCCGCGCCCGCCCUUGCCGUCGGCCGACGACUACCCGGGCCCGCGCCCGCUCAGCGAAGUUGAAAGCCGCACAUUGCACCAAUGGCUCAGCUCCAAGCCGCAGGGAUACCUUGCGGGCUUGAUUGAUCUCCACUCGUACGCUGGCCUCGUCUUGAUUCCGGUUGGCGACACCGAAGACAAGCUGCCGGUCGACGGAAAGCUCAAGACGUUGGGCACGCGCCUCGGAAGCGCCCUCGGCGGCUACAAGUCGGGGCGACCGUACGAGCUUCUGUACAAGGCGUACCAUACGUUUCAAGACUAUGGUUUCCGCACGUACAACGUGCCGUCCAUCACGAUCGAGAUGAAGGGCACUGACUUUGUGGCGCCGGCCUCGACGAUCCGGACCCGCGGCCAGGAAAUCUACAAAGGCCUCGCGCAGUACGCCAAGGAAGUUACGAUUUACGCCAAGACGCGCGACCUCUAAGCUCCAUCUCGAUGCGUUUGGGUGUUGUUGUUCCU